GUACAAUGAUAAAAUUUGUUACCUACAGGUAUAAAUAUCGCAUCGUCGCCAGCAAACAGCCGUUCUCGUUACAACAAGACACUACAUCUGACGUAGCUGAAAACUCCUCUCCAACACUUAUCUUUAAUUCAAUAUGCAUUUCCUGACAACCUUUGUUAUCCCAGCCAUACUUGGCUACACGGCUGCCCUGACCUUGCCCGAGACUGCUGGAACGCACCAGUUGCAGAAGCGCAAGUGCUUUGCUACAGGCCAAGACUAUGGCGACCAGUAUAACGAGGCACUUCACCUGGCUGAUCAAGUUUGUUCCCAGGUGUUUGCGGGCGAAUGGAUCAGGGGUAACAAGCGUUCUAUUUGCUACAACACGAGUGGCGGGCACAGUGUCGUCUUCACGCUUGGUCUACUUGGGCCAAAUGCUGGCCCUACCCGGACAAUUGGCGCCACCGAGUGCUCUAACGGCAUGCAGAAGGAGGUGAUAAACUGCGGUAAAGGAGGAGAAACAACCUAUGGAAACUGGUAUUAUCGGUCCGUACACCCCCUCAAGUAUUCCUAGUAUAAGCUCCGGACCGCUUCUAACGACGUCUAUGUACAGAGCUGAUCCCAACAAGGGUGGGUGUUGAAAUGCUGUAUAGAAUUAAGGAUCUUCUUAUUUCUUUACAAAUGUUGCUAGCAAUUUAGACACCUCAAACUAUACAAUUCACCAGUGAUCAUGUGUAGGCAGAGUCACCGCCAAGAUACAUAGAUAGCAACUUUCACUCAGCCACACUAGACCGGCAUUUUAUAAGAUCAGUAUGCAAAGCGAG